CAUUCAUCACCAUCAUUAUUGCAGUGGAUAUCAACAUGAGCAACCUACAGACAGUAGAGGAGGAGGAGCCGCUCUUGCCACCAACCCCGCUGCAUCCUGAUUGACAUCCAUCCGAGCUAGCUACACCACAAUACCGAAGCAGGAUAUUAUCCCAUCCUUUUAACCCGGGAAGGAGGUUGAACCACGCCUGCCUGCCUGCCUGCCUGCCUGCCUGCCUGCCUGCCUGCCUGCCUGCCUGCCUGCCUUCCCUCCCACACGACAAAACGCAGACAGACGAAUCUGAUGCAGCACUCACUCUCUUCUUUCUUGUCCAUCGACGAGCAACUUCACAGGGCUGAAAACAGCAACACUAUAUGCAUAGGCUAAGCAGACUGCAGACUAGCCUCACACAGCGGACCCCGUUCAAGAUCACAGGGCACCCGCACGACCCAGCUCCCACCGCCUGCACACACUGAACUGUCGUCGUGCUACAGUACAUGUACCACAAAAUAAACCGAACGUGCGAAACACCAACAAAAAAACAUUCCAAAAAAAAUCCACAAGAGGAGAGCUAGGAUAGCAACCAACGAAGCGACGGGGGAAGCAUGCCGGUUCCCUCUUUGCCCCACCCUCCGUCUUCCUCCCCUGGUGCUACUCGCUACUCCCACGAUACUUGUAACUAAAUAUGUACGCAUCUAAGCGAGAGUCGACGACCAACCUCUGUACCUUGUUCAUAGCAAGUCAUGCCACGGCACCGAGAAAAAAAAAACGCCAGUACAGUAGACGACCUAGCUGUGUGCUUGCGAGAAAACCGCCGUUGUGCUACGGCAGUACGUAUGUGGACACGCUUCCUUCAGUGUAAGACUGGCCCAAAAAAAAAAAAAAAGUAGCCACACAUACAUCGCAUGAAACGACAUUUGGGACAGAGCGUCUCUGCCCUUGAUCCUUUUCAGGCCUCACGAGGGGGACGGAGGGGAGGGCGCGAUAGGCCAACAACGACGGCGCCUGCUAUACCUGCCUCUUUGCAAUGUCAUACCAGUACUGCGAUAUCCGUUAAAGUACGUCGGAGUAGAAGCAACGGUUUCGGUGGCUGCUGCUGCUGCUGCUGCUGCUGCUACUGCUGCUUGCUUCCAGAGAUUCCCACCAAGUGUGAAAAACUCAACACCACCAAAAUCAUCAUCAUCAUCAUCAUCAUCAUAAAUACGCGAGGAGACACAAUAUUCCAUUCAACAAAGCCAAGCGAUUCACGGACUGAUUGCUCUCUGCCUGCUUGCCUCCAUUUUUCCGCCUCCAGAGCUCAUCCGAAAAGGGCACAAACACGCAACCGGUAGCUAACAUAUUUUUUGACAUUUUGUAAGCCGGUCGGCCGGGCGACAAAAUUACAAGGAACGUACCAAUGACCCAACAGUACUCAUCCCCGGGGCUUCCCAAAAAAAUGCACAGCACGUACGGGCAGGCAUUGGAACCACCAACAAGGCUACUGCUGUCUGUUUGCCUGGCCAAAGAUGGGGGGGUGAUUUGUGUUCCUCGUUCCUUGUCGUGAAAACGCCGAAAAAGCAGUCAGCAGUCGUACAUACACUCGAUACCA